AUGUCGAGUCCACGGGAAGUCGUUAUUAAUUACCCGCUCCCCGCGACUUUUAGAUGCCCACGGUGCUGGCUAAGCGAGUCGGCACCGUCACGGGUAAAGGGGGAGUAUUGCGACUCGGGGCACUUACUCAAACAUUUGCGAAAAUGCCACCCCGGAGACACGGUGUGGUACGCGUGUGGCGUGUGCGGCCUCAGAGGCACGGGACACUACCCGCUAAGGACGGUCAAGGCGCACUACGAGGCCGAGCACGCCCAGUCUCCGCGGGUGGACGCCCCGGGUCCGAGCACUCGCGGAACCGAUGUGAGUAGUGGCAGUGACGGUGAAAGCGGUGUGACGCGUGAAACCAGUGCGGCGAGCGCGACUGCGCGAUCGACGGCGGCGGCCGACGGACUGACGCGGCGCAGGGCUGCUGAUCCGCGGCCACCCAGAUUGCGCUCCACCGCCACCCCAUCGCCAACAACAGCGCCAGCACCACCGGCCAAUCAGACGUCCCCUUCAUACGCGGCCGUAACAGCGGGCACAACGGUGACGAAGAGGUCGUCGCCGGUCACCAGCGGUGCCCGCGGAGCGGCCGCCACCAGGAAAGCCGCGCCCCGCCUAUCACCAACAUCCGGAGGAGGAGCGGCCGCUGCGAGAAGGACGACGAGGACGACGACCGCCGCUUCAACAAGUAAGUGUCGAGUGUUGUCGGUAAAUAAAGUAGACGCGCCCAUCCGCAUGGCCACCACCACCGGCGCGGCGCCCGCGGUGCCCAGUGCAUCGCGGUCAACCGCGCGCGGCCAGCCAACCACAGCGUGGCCCGCGGUGCGAGGGGCACCGCGAGCGAGCACGCGCGUGGUGGCCAAACCGCCGCCCGCGGCAAGGUCGACGCGCGUCCCCUCCCAAACUCCAUCACCACCAGGGGCAGAGAGCGACGCCAACUCAAGCGGCAAGUUAUUCGCGUUUGGGAGGGGAGCAGCGAGGAAGAGGCCGCCCGUGGCCCGCAGUCCACCUCAACGGGCGGCAGGCGCGUCGACCGAGAAGAGCGGCUCCGUGCCCAGGCUGAGACCAUCCCCCCCUGUCCUCCGCAAGAGGGUGGUUCACUCGCCAUCCUUGAGCGGAGGAACACCCACGUUCGGCGGUGAGGGGGGCCACGCAACAUGA